AUGAUUAAAAGUUUAUUAUUAUUAAUAUCUAUAAUUAUUGGAAUUGUUAUUUCUCAAGAGGGAGCUUACCCACCAGCAGGUAUUUAUGUUGGACUUUCAUCAAAUUUCUUAACAACUGAAGGUGAAUCUCUAACAACAUAUGCUCAAAAUGAAUUAUUAUCAAUGUCAUUACCAGAUCAAUCAGGAUCUUCAAGUAAAGCAUCAUAUACAUUCACAUCUUUUAAACUUGGUUUAACCUUGGAUAAUAUUUUCUAUAAUCAAUUACAAACAGAUGUUUAUCAAAUUGGUUGGGAAACAAUAUCUUUUGAAUUACAAUGGAAUUAUCAUAUUUGUGCAAAUGCAAUUUUCAAUCCAUGUGAAAAUGGUAAUAUUCAAGUUGGUACAGUUUCAGGAGCAUCUGCAGCCGUUGCAUCAAAUGUUUAUGUUGAAUUUAAUUCAACAUCAACAUCAAUCAUUGCAACCAAUACAACUAUGGCAUUUGAUCAAGGUGCAGUUCAAGUUAAUGUACAUUGUUCAAAUGCAAUUUGUGUUAUUCCAGUUAGUGAUAUUGCCAAUGAAGUCGCACAAAACUUUGUUACUGAGCUCACAAAUGGUAUCACCAAAGCCAUUAAUGAACAAGUUCCAACCAUCGAAGCAUUAUUUACACCAAUUAAACAAAUUCCAAUGACUCUUUCAAAUGGUGAUUCAUUUUGGAUCAAUUUAGAGGGUACUUUAGUUGAAGAGAGUAAUCCAACCGCUGAUUUACCAACAAUUACCGCUGCUUUAAAUGGUGGUGUAAUUUUAGAGAAUACUGAUGGUAAUUUCGUUUAUCCAUCACAAAUUCCAUCCUACAUUCCAACCGAUUCACAAUUGGAAUCUUUCACUAGUGACUAUAGUAUUGUUGUAACUGGAUUUUUCAUUGAAUCUUUAUUUGACGCUGUUUUCGCUUCAGCUUUACCAAUGACAAUCAAUCCAAGUCAAGUUCCAUCGGCUUCACCUGUUCAAUUGAAUACUAGUGAUGGCUUUUUCAGUGGUGUUGCUCCAGGUUUAUCUCAAUACCCAAAUCUUGGAAUUCAAGUUAAUUGUUAUUCACCCGUUACUCCAUUGGUUAGUAUUAACUCAUCAGCAAUCUCUUUAUUCAAUUUGGAAUUAUCAGCUGAUUUCAUCAUUUUAAAUGGUGAUAAUCCAUUCACUGCUUUCACUGUUUUAUUCACAAUCGAUGCUUCUCUUUCAACUGAAAUCCUCACUGAUUCUCCUUCAACUUUUUCUUUAAAUUCAACUCUUGCCUCUAUGACUCCAAACGCUACAAUCGUCACUAGUACCAUUGGCUCAGUUGAUGCAACUGGUUUCGUACAAUUAAUGCAAAUGGUACAAGGUGUAAUUAAAUUACCUUCUCCAGCUUAUUCUGUACCUUCAAAAUAUUCAAUGUCAAAUGUUGAAUUACAACUUGGUACUCAAGUAAUUCAAAUCACUUUUGAUUUAAUUGAUUCCUCUUUACUAGAAAAACAAAAAAUUAUUAAAAAAUCUAUAAAUUUUAAUUGA